CGGCGGUGCGGCUUGCGCUGCUGGCUCGGCGCUCGGCUGGGGCGGCCUGGCCCACAAUGAAUGGCCGCCGCGGCUGCCGCUGCUGCUGAGGCGGAGGCCGCGGAGGCCGCGGAGGCGGAGGCCGAGGCCCCGGCGCAGGGGGUCGCGCCCCGGGCCCAGGCCCGGCCCCAGCCGCCGCUGCGGAGCACGCCAGAAGCCCUGGGAAAGCGGCCGCAGCACAGCUGCCACCAUGGCCCAGACCCUGCAGAUGGAGAUCCCGAACUUCGGCAACAGCAUUCUGGAGUGUCUGAAUGAGCAGAGGCUUCAGGGCCUAUACUGUGACGUGUCUGUGGUGGUCAAGGGCCAUGCCUUCAAGGCCCACCGGGCUGUACUGGCUGCCAGCAGCUCCUACUUCCGGGACCUGUUCAACAGCAGCCGGAGCGCGGUGGUGGAGCUGCCGGCAGCCGUGCAGCCCCAGUCCUUCCAGCAGAUUCUCAGCUUCUGCUACACAGGCCGGCUGAGCAUGAAUAUGGGGGACCAGUUCCUGCUCAUGUACACGGCUGGCUUCCUGCAGAUCCAGGAGAUCAUGGAAAAGGGCACUGAAUUCUUCCUCAAGGUGAGCUCCCCCAGCUGUGACUCCCAGGGCCUACAUGCUGAGGAGGCUCCAUCUUCUGAGCCCCAGAGCCCCGUGGCUCAGACAUCGAGCUGGACGGCCUGCAGUACCCCGUUGCCCCUUGUGUCACGUGUCAAGACAGAGCAGCAGGAGUCGGACUCUGUGCAAUGCACACCCGUGGCCAAGCGGCUAUGGGACAGCAGCCAGAAGGAGGCCGGGGUUGGUGGCAGCAGUGGUGGCAACGGCAGCCGCAAGAUGGCCAGGUUCUCCACAUUGGACCUGGCCACCAAUCGGCCGCCCCAGCAGGCCCUGGCGGUGGCGGCAGCAGCGGCAGCAACAGGAGGCGUGGUGAGUGGGCCCAGCAUGUCUGAGCGGACCAGCCCAGGCACCUCAAGCGCCUAUACCAGUGACAGCCCUGGCUCCUACCACAACGAGGAGGAUGAGGAAGAGGAUGCGGGCGAGGAGGGCACAGAUGAGCAGUACCGGCAGAUCUGCAACAUGUACACCAUGUAUAGCAUGAUGAAUGUUGGCCAGAGCGCUGAGAAAGUGGAGGCCCUCCCUGAGCAGGUAACCCCUGAGUCCCGGAAUCGCAUCCGGGUGCGGCAAGACUUGGCAUCUCUCCCGGCUGAGCUCAUCAACCAGAUUGGUAAUCGCUGCCACCCCAAGCUCUAUGAUGAGGGCGACCCCUCUGAGAAGCUAGAGCUGGUGACAGGCACCAACGUGUACAUCACAAGGGCACAGCUCAUGAACUGCCAUGUCAGCGCGGGCACGCGGCACAAGGUCCUGCUGCGGCGCCUCCUGGCCUCCUUCUUUGACCGGAACACACUGGCCAACAGCUGUGGCACUGGCAUCCGCUCUUCCACUAACGACCCCAGACGCAAACCGCUGGACAGUCGAGUUCUCCACGCUGUCAAGUACUACUGCCAGAACUUUGCCCCGAACUUCAAGGAGAGUGAGAUGAACGCCAUCGCGGCUGACAUGUGCACCAAUGCCCGCCGCGUUGUGCGAAAGAGCUGGAUUCCCAAGGGGAAGCCGCCUGAGGGUGACACCUACACCACCUUCAUCAGUGACACGGGCAAGCUGGAGCCGGACAUGAUGGGCGUGGAGCACAGUUUCGAAACAGCCAGUCAUGAUGGCGACGCAGGCCCCUCAGCCGAGGCCCUCCAGUAACCCCCCACCAGGCCCUCCACGAGGCUGUCACACUCCCCCUCCUGUCACCCCCCACCUGCCAUCUUGGUCACGAGCUACUGUUUGUCCCUCCCCAGGACCCUCGGGGUGUGCUGCAUGCUCUCGGCCCCUCGGCCUCCCGUCCCACCCCCAACCCCAGACCGAGUGGGCUGGGAGAGGAUGGCAGUGGUGCGAGCUCUGCGUGGCCUUCUCUCUUUUUCUUCUCUCUCUUGCACACACUUGUGCAUAGUUGGGGAGCACUUGCUCCCCUCUCCUAACCCCUAGCAAUUGUUUCCCCAUUCUACUCAACCAGGCCAGGCAGGGGAGGGGCUGGUCUGGGGGCAGUCCUCUGCUCCACCCAUCACUGCAGCCCCUCGGGACUUGCAGAGGGGCCCGGGGGUGCUCAGGACCCCUUCUGCCACCACCUCCCAGUGCUUCCACGUUUCCAAAAGCGCCUUCCUAUCUUCCUCGUCUGUCCCUGCACCUGGGGCUGGGUUAGGCGAGGCUGUGGGGACUGCCCUUGUGACAGCUGAGGAAAACGGGCUCAGAGAAAUCCCAGGACUGACCUAAGGUGACAGGCAGUGGUGGGCUCAGCACCCUUCUCCCCGACCCUGUGCUCAGCCUCUCUUGCCCCUAUUCAGUCCCCUGGGGCCUGAGAGGGGCAAGUCCUGAGUGAGGGGUGCAGACGGGGAGAGUCUUUGACGAUAGGACUAGAGGUUUCCGGGGCUCAUAGGUGCGUGUGCGUGUGCGUGUGUAGUUUUGCUUUGAAAUGAAUGAAGGUAUGAGAGGCAGUGGGACCAGGGUUGGAACCAGGGGGGCAGGCUGGUGUGCCGCUGCCCUUCCCUCCCUCCCCCACCCCAUCCCACGGCAGGGCUCCCAGCCCCCAUCCCCUGUACAUACUUUUUAAAACAUUUUUUUAGCUAAUGAAAUACUGAAGUAUAAGAUUCCUUUUAUUUUUCAAACCAGUGGGACUGUGUCUGAUGUCCCCUUUGGUCCUGGGGGGCCGUGGAAGGCAGGAUGGGGUGGGGGGUGGGGGCAGGCUGACUGUGUUGCGUGCAUGUGGAGUGUGGGUGCAGGUUUCUGAGGCAGGACCCAGGCCCAGCCACUGCUGGGACUGUUGGGUCUGGCCAGCUCCCCCACAGGGCUACGUGUGAAGGGUCUCCCUGGUCUCAGCCUGUUGGCAGAUUCCAGUGCUGGGGACAGGGCAGGACCCACUCCAUCGUUAGCAGUUGUUUGCGGAAUUUUCUUUCUAACCAUUCCUGUUUUUAGCCUCACACAGUGCGAGUGUUUGAUUUUUUUUGAGAGUUAUGUGUGAACCAGAGGGUUCUUGUUUAUUUCUAUUCCCCAUCCACCCAUGCUGGGUGCUGGGUGUCAUUUGACAGUUUUUGUCUCCAGUCCUUUUACUCACUGCCUCACCUCUCGUCUCUUCCCCAAGUCUGACAGCCCAUUGCUUCCAGAGACAGUGGGUUGCCAGGGGUGAGUGGGGGCCUCCCCAGUGGACCCUUGGAGGCCUCCCCCCACCCAGCAGUCCCCACCAGCCUGUGGGAAAGGGGUCCCUCAAGCAUCUGCUUGUUCUGGUGGGUGUCCAGUCUGGCUGGGAUCCUGGCACCCUUCUUUCUGGUCCGAGGGGUGGGGACAUCUGGGAGGGAGUCGACACCCCAAGCUAAAGCACAAGCACCUUAGUCACACCUUCCCUGCCCUUCAUCCUGGCCUUGACACCCUACCCUAGCGUCAUCCCAAAGCACAAUAUCCUGGUCACUUGGUGGACCCUUGGGGCCACAGAAGGGUGGGCUGGGGCUCCAGCCAGCCCCCAGAAGGAAGCAUGAGUCCCUGGUUUCUCCCCCUUCCAGGCCUUAGCUGGGGGCCAGCUCCUGGGACUGGUUCUCUCCCCACCCUUUUUUCUGGGCAGGCCCCUGCCCAGCCACUCCCUGCCUUGUCCUUAGGCAGGGCUUGCCCCAUCCUUCCUCCGCACCCCUGCACCACUGGGUUGGGUGGCAGAGCCCCCUUGUUUCAGGGACCCCCAGGAGGUUCCCCUGGCUCCAGGGACUGUGUGUUGGUCUGGUGGUGUAGGGAGAGGGGCUGGGCAGGGGUGCAGGGGAGGAACUUCCUCACCAGGAGAGCCAAAGACAGGGUCGUGCCUUACCCCAGGAGCCACCCCUGUGCCCAUCCACUCUGCCCCCCCCCCCAGGGCAGCCUGCUGCUGUUCCUUUUUCCCCUGCCCUGCUCUGAGCUGCAUGCCCCCACCCCUGUCCCACCCAGGCAGCCGGGAAGGAGCAGGGAUGGAGAAUCACAGACCAACACACACAAGACUGGAGGUACCUCCCCUGGCUGCCCCUCAUCCCGCUGGACAGGCUACCUGCUGUGUCCACGUGGAGUGCCAACACCUGCCCUGCUCUGGGCCAAGCCCCCUCCCCCUCCCUGGCCUGUAAGUGAGAUUGCACAUUAACUACUGUAAGGAGAGGAGCGCACUGGGAAAUGUGAACAUGAGAAUAUCAGUGACACUGAUGAGGAGAAUAAACUAAACGCCUUUGUAACA